GAAAUGUUCAUGAAAAAAGAAUCAAUUGGUAGAGAUUAAAACAAAUUUCGCUUGUUGGUACAACUUUCGUUGAAUUAAAGUUAAAAUUAAUAAUUGGUUUAUUUGUCUAGAAUGAUAUGAGUAAGGAGACAAAAGUACAGCCUUUUGUGUCAAAUAUAAAAUUCACCAAAGGAAAAAAAAAAUUGUCAAAAAUCAAAAAAAACAGUGAGGACAUUUUGUCGAGGAAAGCUGUUGUCAUGAAGAAAACUAAAAUAAAUAAAGACUUCUUACAGUCCAAAGCAUAUCACAAAAACAAUUCUUGUUUGAUUUGUGGAAAAGGUCAUACAGAACUAUCAUGCAAAAACAAAAAGUGCCCCAGAGUCUUUCAUCUAAGUUGCAUUAACAAAACUAGAAUUGUGAAAUCUGGAUUUAUUUGCCCUUCUCAUUUCUGUUCUUUGUGCAACAAACGUAAGGUAGUAGCCAAAUGUAAAUUUUGUGUGGAAUCGUUUUGUGGUGUGCAUGUCAAAGGGAACAUUUUCAAAGAUCCGCUGGGCAAUGGUAUGUUGUGCACUACUCAUCAUCCUAACAAAGUAAGUUGACAACAGAAUAUUAAGAAAUAUUAAUCGUAAGGUC